UUAGUACAGGUUGCUGAAUCCGAUCAAGACAACAUCGUAAAAGCGCGAAAAUUAUCGCACAGCGCCAAGACGUCGAAAAUCUGAACUACAUGUCGAUUCUCCAUUGUGUUUCUCCGCUCUCGCCUUUCGAUUCCAGACGACAAAAUCGUUGGCUUGGCUUCUGAUUUUCUUUUAAAUGACGGUCAGUUCAGUUUACAGAUGUUAACAAGACAUUUGACACUUUGUAGUAUUGGUGGUCCGUUUAAAGCUUUGUUGUAACUCGGUUCGGUCCACCAUGAUUCAAUUUCCCGGUUCUCCUUUUAACAAGAUGUCUCGCCACAAAGACAAGUAUGAACCCAGCAACCCAAGGAGAUCGCACACCUUUAUGCCUAUUGAGGAAGUCAAUGCAGGGAAAAAGUCCCAGUGGAUGGAGUUGGAGAUAACAGGUACCAUUCGCAACCUCAGUCCCAACCUAUGGAAAAUGCAGCAUCUGACUUCACUCUACCUGAACGACAACAACUUAACUCGUAUUCCACCUGAGAUCUGCCGCCUCACAUGCCUCGUCCAGCUUGACCUAUCUUGCAACAAGCUACGCAACCUGCCAGCUGAGAUAGGAGAGCUGGUGACUCUGCGUGAGCUCCUCUUGCACAACAACUACCUCCGAGCCCUUCCCUUGGAGAUGGGUAAACUCUUCAAGCUUCAGAUUCUCGGCUUGAAGGGCAAUCCGCUCUCGACGGAUAUCAUGACUCUGUUCAGCGAGGUCAACGGGACCGACAAGAUUCUCUCCUACCUGCUGGACAAUCUGCCCAUCACGGCACCCCUACCGCCGAUGAGACCGUGGAUCCCGCUGGGUCAUCCCGACCGAAACCGGCCAACUUGCAUCUUUACGGUGAUGUGCUACAACGUGCUGUGCGACAAGUACGCCACCAGGCAAAUGUACGGUUACUGUCCAAGUUGGGUGCUCAAGUGGGAAUACCGGCGUAAAAGCAUUCUUGAGGAGAUCCGACACUACUCGGCCGACAUCAUCAGCCUCCAGGAGGUGGAGACGGAACAGUUUUACAAUUACUUCCUGCCCGAGUUGAAGCGUGACGGCUACGAUGGCAUCUUUUCGCCAAAAUCACGCGCCAAAACGAUGGCCGAAAGCGACCGGCGCUACGUCGACGGUUGCGCCAUCUUUUACCGCACGGCAAAGUUUUCGAUGGUGUACGAACACCUGAUUGAGUUCAACCAAUUAGCGCUGGCCAACGCCGAGGGAUCGGAUGAUAUGUUGAAUCGUGUCAUGACCAAAGACAACAUCGGUUUGGCAGCGUUGCUCGAAACGAAAGAGGCUGCAUGGAGUAACGGGAUCCGGCCGGAUCCGUCACAGAUUCACCAGCCGCUGCUGGUGUGCACGGCGCACAUCCACUGGGAUCCGCAGUACUGUGACGUCAAACUAGUGCAGACCAUGAUGCUGAUGAAUGAAUUGAAGCAGCUAACGCAGGAUGCGGUAGGCCAUUCGUUCCGGCCCGGCCACAAAGCCGAUCCGUCGCACACGCAACUGCUCCUCUGCGGUGAUUUCAACUCGCUGCUCGAUUCCGGCGUGAUCGAGUUCCUCAACUCGUCGCGCAUCGCCGCCAACCAUCCGGAUUUUAAAGAGCUGGGUUACAAGUCGUGCCUGCAGAAGAUUGCGCCAUUCUCGGAGAAGAGCAACGAGUUUACCCACCCCUUCCGCAUGGCGACGGCCUACACGACGGACGUGAUGCCGUACAGCAACUACACGUACGACUUCAAGGGCCUCAUCGACUACAUCUUUUACAGCAAGAACACGAUGGUGCCACUGGGCUUGCUAGGCCCAGUCGACGCCGAGUGGUUUAGAGAGAACAAAGUCCUCGGCUGUCCCCACCGUGAUAUUCCAUCAGAUCAUUUCUCGCUGUUGGUGGAGUUGGAAAUGUCGCCGACCUAUUCCGGCCUGGGCUCCAACGGCUUCAUUCCUAGGCGGUAGCCCCUAGCGUCACAACAACAACAACAACAAAAAAACAAAAAAACAAAAAAAAAAAAAAGAACCUGACUUAUAACUGGUGGACCUCAACAAAAAAAAACUGUUUUUUUUUCCCCUUCUUUAUAAUUUUUUUUUGUCUUUUCUUAAAUAGUUUGCAAACAGAUUCGUGGUAUCGCGUUCGGUUCUCGUAUCCAUUUCCUUCCCACUUCAUUGGUCGUUUUUCAUCCAUCUUUAUACCAUCAGGAUUCUUUUUUUUUUUUUUUUUUUUUUCUCCCUCCUUCUUUUUCACACGACUUCCUUUGUGUUUCUUCAUUUUUUUUUUCUUUGUGGUUGAUUUUAACCUCUCCUCCCCUCUCUUGUACAUCUAGGUUUCAGUCGCCCAGUCCGAGUUCUUCCUCUCUUCUAACCUCUCAUCCUCGUGCUCUAACCUUCGUCUCAUUUUUUACCAGUAACGAAAGAAAAAAAAGAAAAACUAGCAGAAUUUAAACUUCCUUCCAUUCUAUCUCUCUACACCUGGUCGAAGAUGGAAUGCCUCUCUUUAAAACUCUAAACUUUCUCUCAAAUUAUUUACCAUAAUUUGAGACAAACAAAAAAAGAUUAUUAGAUGUGAACCUUAAAAAAAAAUGACCUUCUCUCCGGGAUCAGCAUGGGAACCUUUAAAAGAAAACUCAAAUUUGAAAGAAAAAAAGAAAAAAAAAAAAAAAAAGAGAAAAGAUAAUUGAAAACAAAAGUUUUUAUAACGUUCCGUACAGUAGUAUCCGAGUGUUUUCGUCGAAGAGUGCAAGUGUGCGUGCGUUUAGUUCAUCCCGCAAUCUACCAUUUCUUUUUGCUUGUGUUUAUUCGUGAUUAUUUUUCUUUUGCGUUCGUUUUAAUCGGUGCUUGCAAAAACGAAAUUUUUGUACGUACUGUCCCCCUUUUUUUUUUUUUUUUUUUUACGUACACACUAUCACUGAAAACAAACACGUUCAUUCAAAUUUCAUCGCAAAACCGGAUUACGAAAAAAACAAACAAAAUGAAGCCAGAGCUCAGGAUCUCAAGCUUUUUUUUUCUCUCUCUUUCUAUCCCUCUCUAUAAGGUCAUGACUGCUAACACAAAAAAAAAAAAAAUAGAAAAAAAGUUACUUAAUAAUUUUUUAUAAAAAAAAAAGAGAAAACAAAUUUAAGAGUUAAAGAAAAAGAAAAAAAAAAAAGAAACGGACAAAAUUGUAUAUGAACUUCUACUAUUUACGUGCCGACAUCUUUCUUGUAUGUGUAGAGGAAAGGUCCGGCCGGUUAUACUUUUGACACGUUGCCCAUCUGAUCCUCGGACCAAAAUUUUUCUUCACCUUUUCGAAUUGAAUUUCCGGCCAAUCCAUUCUUACAUUUUUUUUUUUUUUUCCCUUUUCAUUCUUAUCUUUUUCGGUUUAAAUUUCGCCUCUCAGAUAGCGCCAUAGCUUUUAAUUUUCAAAAUAUUUUAUUUUAUUUUAUUUUUUAUUAUUAUUAUUAUUUUAAUUGGCUUUCUUUGUAGGAGUAAUAUUUAGAUUCAAUACCGGGCUUCAAAAGAAAGGAAAGGAAUUUGAAUGAAAUCGUGUCAUACAAAAACUUCUUUUCCCCUCCAUGCAUGUUUUGGGUGUGUAUGUGUGUGUGUGUGAAUGAUUUGGAAGACAAGGGGAGGGACUAAUGAAUUUGAAAACGGGAUGAAUUUAAAGAAUUUUUGUCAAAUCUAAAAUGACCAUCCACUGUGCAUGUGUGAAGUGAGAAAGAUAUGGAGGAAAGUUGAAAUCCCUUCUCAGCCGAGUGUACAAAAAAAAAAAAAAAAAUGUGAAAGACGAAAACGGGCUGACGAUGAAAAAAGAUUGUAUACUUCGUUUUUCAUGUUUUUUCUCGACUUUUUUUCACGAAAAGAAAAAUCGUCACAUGCGCACCAAUUUAAAAAAAAAAAAACAAUUUGCCCUCAAUGUAUACACACUCUUCCUCCUGUCCUCCACCCGAAAAAAAGAAAACUGAGAUAAAAAACAAAAACAAACAAUAAUAAGAUUUCUGCACAUCAUCACAAAAAUCCCCCAAAAGGAUAUCGGAAUUCCGUUUCCUGUACAUUUCAUUUACACAUACAAACAUCUUUCACCUUAUCCUAAAGCCAAUUCCUCCGAUUUCUUUUUUAAAAUUUUAUUUUCCUUCAUUUUUUAAAAACGUAAAAAUAGAAUCUUUACCCCGACCCACCUUUCCAACUUUUUCUUUUUUCGAGCCAUCAUUGAAAAUUUAAAAAAGCUCUUUUUUUUUGUGUCGAAAAAAACAUGUUCAUUUCUCUCGGCUGUAAAUGUAGCGUUUGAUCACCUGCGAUAUGUGCAUCGUUCAAUGUGUUCUAUUUUCUUUAUUGAUUGGGUUCCCACUCGCCCUUACACUACAAAUUUUUCUGUUUUCUUGUCGGUUCUUCAAGAAUGGGGCCUGAUGUACGAAGGGAGGGGAAAUCUUUCAUUUUUUUUCCGUAUUUUUUGCCAUUGGGAUGGAGCGGGAAAGUGGAUGUGAGUAAACGAAAAAAAUAUG